GCACAACACUUCGCUUGGAUGUCUGGGACGGAUGGAAGGAGUUUCUGAUGGGUUGUCUCCUUGGACAAAAACUUCAAGUUCAACGCUAUUUAUCAAAUGAAGGACCAGUCCUCAAGUAUCAGAAAAGGGUCGCCCUGUACAUCGCCGCCUUUUAUGGGUACAUUGAGCUCACUGAAUGGGCCCUGAAACAGGGUGUGCGGCCCCAUGAGACAGUCGGCGUGCACCCCUACCGAGCAUGGUGCCAGGAAGCCCUGCACACAGAAGUCUCUAAAUGCCCCAUUCAUGCAGCCGCGGAAGCUGGCCAACUGUUGAUUCUGAAGGCCUUUGUCAAUUGCAGCGUGCUGUGCCUGGAUUGCAAAAACGCAGCAGGACAAACUCCUCUGACCAUUGCGUGCAAACACAAGCAUAAAGACUGCGUGUUGUAUUUACUGAGUAAAAUGUGGUCCACGGUUUCUUUUCUGAAAAUCUCAGUCUCCAUGAGGAUUUAUAUUAAGAUAAAACAAUGGGUACUCAGAGCUCAGAGUCACAACCUGAAUAAAGGCCAGCUUUGUGGGGCAAGGGUCUUGGGGGCAAAAGUUGGAGAUGUUGUGAUGGUGGAUGGUUUCACCAAACCCAAAAUGACCUCCAAGAGCUGGCAGAAAGCUAUGGACAAGAACUCACAAGGAGGCACUGAGAGCAAACUGCCGCCCCUUGAGGAGCAAACUGUGAGCAGGAAACUUGCCCAUCCUUUGGCAAUUGCACAGCAGGACACAAGAGAAGAGACAGUCAAAUUUCCUCCACUGGUAGAUGCAAACGCAUUCUCUGAAUUACAAAAAAGACAACAAAGCCGAAAAAAAAUUACUGCCGCAACUAGGAAAAAAGAAAAGCUCAUAAAAAAUACAUAUAUGCCCCAAGUCCCUCUCCCUCCAAUUUCAAGAGUGGGCUAUUCACACCCAUCUUUUUACUAUGCAACUCCCAGUGCUGACGUUUUACUCAGAUCUUCCUUCGCGUCUUUCUCAGAGCAUAGUGGGAGGACUCCAAGGGACAACGCCAUCUACUGCUUAGCUGUGGCCAGUGCCUUUAAAGAGAAACGAUGGCUUCAGCAGUUAGGAAUAGCAAGAGUCCUAGCGAAAAAGAGCAUUUCUAAUCUGACUAUCCAAGGAGGCUUGACAGCAUGUGAAAAUCCUCCAGAAAUUGUGCUUUGA